AUGGCUCUCCUCGACGCUGCCGCGCCGCCGGCGGGGGGCCCGACACUUUUCGGCAUGGGCAUGAAGCAACUUUCCCUCAUUACGCUCACUUUUCAAAAUUCGGCAUUGAUUCUGAUCAUGCACUACUCUCGCAUCAUGCCUCCCGUGGGCGACCACCGAUACUUCACAUCCACCGCAGUCUUCCUCAAUGAAGUGAUCAAGCUAUCCAUUUGCUUGACCUGCUCCAUUGCAGAGGUUUCGCGCACAUUAGCACCGUCCACGCCGGCUACCGUUAUCUUUGAGCAGAUCUUCAACUCCGUGUUCUCGGGCGAUGGGUGGAAGCUCGCGAUUCCAGCGACACUAUACACGCUGCAAAAUACGUUGCAAUACGUCGCUGUUGGAAACUUGGAUGCAGUUCACUUCCAAGUGCUGUACCAGCUCAAGAUUCUCACGACCGCCGUCUUUUCCGUUACGAUGCUUCGCCGCGCCCUCGGCAUGAAGCGCUGGAUCUCUUUGAUCAUCUUGACGUUGGGUGUAUCGAUUGUCUCUCUCCCCCAGCCUGGGUCCGCGAGCCAUGCCGAGUCGACUUCGGCCAGCAUCCUCCUACACGACACCACAGACCAUUUCUUUCCUCGCUCCGUGCACGAGCUUGGUCAAGCUGCCGAGGGCGCGGCCGAGGUGGCCCGUGAGCUUACCAAGCGCGCCGCGGACGGUCUCGCGGGCGUCGGCGGAGAAAUCGUGAAGCGGUCGGCCUCGUACCAGGGUAUCCAAGAGGACCAAGACCCGUCGCCGCUCAUGAACUAUUCGAUUGGACUGACCGCUGUGCUCGUCGCGGCCGUCGCCUCGGGUCUUGCCGGAGUUUACUUUGAGAAGAUGCUCAAGGAAUCGGGAACUCAUGCCUCUGUGUGGACGCGCAACAUUCAGCUCUCGUUUUACUCGCUGUUCCCUGCUAUGGCCGGUGUCAUCUUGAUCGACGCGGAGGACAUUGCCAAGCACGGUUUCUUUGAAGGCUACAACUGGGUCGUAUGGACCGCAAUCGUAUUCCAGGCUGUCGGUGGCGUGCUUGCGUCGCUGUGCAUUAACUAUGCGGACAAUAUUGCAAAGAACUUUGCCGCGAGUAUCAGCAUCGUUAUCAGCUUUCUGUUCAGCGUUUGGUUCUUCAACUUUGAAGUCAACUUCACCUUCAUUGCCGGCACUGCGCUGGUUCUUGUAGCGACAUAUAUCUACAGCAUUCCCGAUCGCAAGGGCCGCCCGCCACCGAUUACGAUUGCCAGCUACGAGAAGGCAAUGGUUGACCCGGCCUACACGCCAGCCGUCACCGACGAAACCAAGCUUAACCUUGACCCGCUCGAUGCGGUCCGCAGUAUGGGACUUUCGACGUCUAGGCCAUCGUCGCCUAUGCUGCAUCACCACCGAGCGCCAUCAGCUAGGGGCAAGAACCGCGACGACUAA